ACAAGGAACCCUGUGUUGUUGUCGGGGGCAAGAUGGCGGCGGCGGUGUCCGGGGCCGCCCUGCUGGGCAAGGGGCUGGACAUCAGCCUGGCGGCGCUGCAGCAGCACGACCCCUACAUCAGCAGCAUCGUGGACGUGGCCAGCCAGGUGGCGCUCUACACCUUCGGGCACCGCGCCAACGAGUGGGAGAAGACAGAUGUGGAGGGAACGCUGUUUGUUUACACAAGAUCAGCUUCUCCAAGGCAUGGCUUCACAAUUAUGAACAGGCUGAGCAUGGAAAAUCGAACAGAACCAAUUACUAAAGACCUUGAUUUCCAGCUGCAGGACCCUUUUCUACUUUACAGAAAUGCCAGAUUGUCCAUAUAUGGGAUUUGGUUUUAUGAUAAGGAAGAAUGCCAAAGAAUUGCAGAGCUCAUGAAAAACCUAACUCAGCAGGAACAAUUCAAAGCACAGCAGGGCACAGGAACAGGAGUGUCCCCAAUGAUCAUGAAUUCUGCUAAUAACAAAGAAGUGGAUAUCUUACGGAUGCUUACCAAGGCCAAAGAUGAGUAUACCAAGUGUAAGACCUGUUCGGAGCCAAAACAAAUAACCAGCUCCUCUGCAAUCUGUAACAACCCCAACCUAAUCAAACCAAUUCCUGUGAAGCCUAGUGAAAAUCAGCAUCAACGAAUAUCUCAGCAAAACAAGAACGUGGAUCCUGAACCACAACACUUGUCUUUGACAGCGCUGUUUGGAAAACAAGAAAAAACAGAUGUCUCAGAACCUCUUAAUAAACAGCAUCAAGAGAACCUUCCUGUUAGGCAGGGUGUGGUACGUUCACUCUCCUACGAAGAACCUAGCAGACAUUCUCCCUGUGCAGAGAAGCAGCUUUGCCCUGCCAUUCAAAAGCUUAUGGUGCGUGGGACAGACCUUCACCCACUUGCUGAGUUUCCUGAGAACCGACUCUGUGAAAAUGGCAAUAUCCACCCUGUGGGUGAGACUUUCACAGGACUUUUCCAACCUGUGACUUCUCGUGGUAUUGCAACAUCUCAUGUAGUACAGGAUGCUGCUGGUACUCAGAGUUUAUUACAGAAAUUGCAGAGUCAGUCAGGUUCAGUGACGAAAAUGGAUCCCAGUGCAACAGGAUCUGUGAACUCAACAGCUUCUGUGUUCAGCAGGACUCCUGCUGCUGUUGGAGCACCAGCAGCACAGAUAAAUAAUAUGACCCAGCCACCUUUGGUAUAUUUCAAUGGUACCCUGCCAGGUCAGACUUUAGAGUCUCAGACACUUGGUAAAGAACAGCCCAAACUUCCUAGACAGCCAAUUUCUCUCUCUGGCAAUCAGUCAGCCAAUUCUGGGGUGAUAUCACCUCAAGAGCUAUUGAAAAAGCUCCAGAUAGUGCAACAAGAACAGCAGUUGCAUGUAUCCAGCAGACCAACGUUGGCAGCUAAGUUUCCUGUUGUUACUCAGAACGCCAGUACACUGAAACCACUGGAUUCCUGGAUAGAAAAGGCACCGGGUACAGAAAAACAAAACUCUCUCUUUCAGGUAAUCUCACCUCAGCGCAUUCCUGCCACUGUGACUCCUACCUUGUUGAUGUCCCCAAUGGUGUUCACUCAGUCCACACCUACUCCAGCAAAAGCAAAUGAAAGUGGGCGGUUAGCAGCAUCAAACCAAGAACCUGCUGCUAGCUCAACCAGCCUUCUCCUGCCACUGCAAACCCCAGAGCCAGCUGUGGUCAACAGCAGCUCAAUGACAAAGAUACAGCUGCAAGAAACACUUUUACACCUGAUCCAGAAUGAUGACAACUUCUUAAAUAUUAUAUAUGAAGCAUAUCUCUUCAGUGUGAGAAAGGCGGCAAUGAAGAAGUCCAUGUGAAAGAUGAUUUUUUAAAUUACAUUUCUAUUAUUUCCUGAAUCCCAGGAAAAAGGUUUCAAAAUUUUCGAGUGAUGCAAACUUUGUUUAAAGAAACGAGUGGUCUUAGGCACUUUGCAUACACAUAGAUUUUGCUUGUUGUAAGGUACAUGCUGUACUGAGAAAGAAGUGGGCAGAAACGGAUUGUGCCUUCAGGGAUGAGAGUGUCACAAUGCUGAAGACUUAAUCAAAAAAUAUCUUAAAUUAUUUUUCUUAGAGCGGCCCAUGGUUAGAAUUGGUUUUCCUGCAUAAAGUCUCUGUUCUCAGAAUUCACUUCCCUUUUUUACUUAUAGCGUGGUCACUUACUGACAAGGUAUUUGACAUGAAUUUUCUCUGAGAAGUCAUACGCCACUUUCACAGUAAACUAUGCCCGUUUCUGACCACAUGGUGGCAAUGUUGGACUAUUUUUAGGAAAGUGAAAAUGCUGGUGAAAUUCUGGAACUGAAAGUCGUAGGUAAACUGUUAUGUCAUCUUACUUAGUUGUCUGCAGAGCAAUUUAGAAGAAAUGUCAUGACUUUUCCCCAAAUUUUUGUAGAAAAAUCUUUUUCUAUUUUAACAAGAAUAUUUUUAGCUAGCCAUAGAAAUGGGACUCUGCAGGUGUUUUAAAGAAUUGGUGGGAGGGUUUUGUUUGUGAAUGUACUUGCUAUCAGCAUAGCUUGGGGGGGGGCACUGGAUUCAUGUUUCUAUUAUUCUAGAUCCAAUCUGUAUUAUUAUAAGCAAUGUGCAACUUUGUUAAGGGGGAGACUACAUGGUGUACAAGUCCUAUUAAUUUUUUAGCGCGUUCCUGGAGCACAGUGAUUUCAUUGACCCAUUUUUAAAGAAAAUAAAAUGGAUAAUCCCUACAAU